UCUAAACUGUGGAUAUUCCGAUUUUGAGGUUUUGACUAUUUAUAUUUAAAAAUAAUGCAUUUUUUAACUGAUGCAAUAAUUUUGUACACUUUUUAAUCAUUUUAUAGUUGAAUUUUAUUAUUAUGGAUCAGAAACCAGGGAUAGAUCUGGUGAUAUCGGCAGUUUCAGCGUUGUACAAUAACCCUAACAGCAGUGAGAAGGAAAGGGCUUCUAAAUGGCUUUUGGAACUCCAAAAAUCCGUCCACGCCUGGACUGUAGCAGACGAAUUAUUACAUUUGAAAACAGACUUAGAAUCAUGUUAUUUUGCUGCUCAAACUAUGAGGACAAAAAUUCACCAGUCCUUCCACGAACUUCCUCAAGAAGUACACACGUCGUUAAGAGAUUCAUUACUUGAACAUAUUGGCCAAAUUAACGAAGCAACCAACACUGUUAUAGUAACACAAUUAUGUGUUGCUCUGGCAGAUUUAGCUCUACAAAUGCCAUCUUGGCAGAAUCCUACAUUAGACCUAAUCAACAGAUUCUCCCAAACUAAUAUAUGGCCAUUGCUAGAAAUUUUAACUGUGUUACCUGAAGAACUGGAAAGUAGAUCUGUCAGGCUAGGUGAAAACAGAAGAAUAGAUGUGUUAGAAGAGAUGAAAGUUUGUGCUCCAACAGUGAAUGAAUUUUUAAAACAUUGUUCUAAAGUCUACGAAACCAAUUGGCAAGAUCAUGUUCAGUUCAAUGUAAAAAUAUUACGUUGCUUUACAUCCUGGAUCUCAGUAGGAGCUAUUAGUCUGAAUGAUCUUUCUGAUAGUAUUGUUAUUAAUAGAGCAUUCGAGAUACUCAACUUCAAGCCUCAAAAUGAUAAACAGACCAUAUCAGCUGCCUUUCAUGAGGCUGCCACUGACUGCAUUUGUACUCUUUUAUUAAGUCUCGAAAACAACAAUAACCAACUUGGUUUGGAAAAUUACCUCUUCAAUAAUAUUAUCAAUCUAGACGUACCUUAUCACCUUUCUGUUGCAAACGAAGAUCAAGGAAAGUCCAUGGAUUAUUGCAGACUGUUUACAGAACUGGCAGAAUCAUUUUUAGAAAAAAUAAUAGCAAAUAGUAAUACGAAACAGAUGCACUAUGCUAUUAAAAUUUUAGAUCUAGUUUUAAUGUGUGUUGGACACCACGACUAUGAGGUAGCAGAAAUCACUUUUAACCUUUGGUAUGUUUUGAGUGAAGAAUUAUACCAAAAAAAUAACAAAGAAAAGACAGAACUAUUCCGACCCUAUGUAGAACGAUUAAUAACAGCCCUGUGUAGGCACUGUCAAAUGGAGCCAGAUAGCGAAGGGUUGUUAGAAGAUGGAGAUGAAUUUAAAGAUUUUAGGUUGAAGGUAGCAGAAUUAAUACGAGAUGUAGUUUUCAUAGUGGGCAGUAGUGCCUGUUUCAAACAAAUGUUCAUUAAUAUACAAGGUCCAGGAGUUACGUGGGAUUCCACCGAGGCAGCUCUGUUUGUAAUGCAAGCUGUAGCAAAAAACGUAAUACCUGGUGAAAGUGAAGUGGUACCUCAGGUUGUAGAAGCAAUAUUAAAUGUUCCAGAAAAUACACAUGUAGCCGUCAAAUACACGUCGGUGCUUUUAUUAGGAGAACUUUGUGAAUGGAUAGAGAGGCAUCCGAACACACUGGAUCCAGUUUUGAACUUCUUAGUGUGCUGUUUGCCUCAACCUGGUGUAGGAGCUGCUGCAGCGGUAGCUCUUCAAAACAUCUGUGCCAGCUGUAAUGAUCAUAUGCCAAGGCACGUCCCGAUACUCUUACAGCUUCUUCACCAAGCGGAUUCCUUCGCCAUCACGAACACAGCUACUUUGGGUCUUCUAAGAGGAGUGGCCUCGAUAAUAGGUCGAAUGCCGCACGAGGAGUUGACGAAGUCCUUACAUGAAUUGUGUUCUAUGCAGCUCAAUCCGAUAUGUCAAAUCAUAGAACAGGACGUUCAUCCAGUGAAGGGGGCCAACACAGAUCCGGUAAUGUGGCUCGAUAGACUUAGUGCAGUGCUUAGAUAUGUUAAUGUACAUAUUCCGGAAGGUGUGGAAAACCCUUGUAAACCGGUAAUUCUCGAAGUGUGGCCCGUAUUGUCUCGCACGUUCGAUAAAUACCAAAGUGACAUUAGGAUAAUGGAGAGAUGUUGUCGCGCUGUGCGUUUCAUGCUUCGGUGCGUUGCGCAAGAAGUGCGAGAACUCUUAGAAAGUCUAGUUGGACAAAUAGUGAGGAUCUAUACGUUAUACCAACAUUCGUGUUUUCUGUAUGUCGGUAGUAUACUUGUGGACGAAUACGCUAUAGAUCCGAUAUGCGUGCCAGGACUACUGGAUAUGCUACAAGCGUUUCUAGAACCUACCUUUCACGUGUUGCAGGAGGAGAACGGGUUGAAGAAUCAUCCCGAUACGGUAGAUGACUUUUUUAGGUUGUGCGCAAGAUUUAUGCAGAGGGCGCCUUUAGCAUUUUUAAAAUGUUCUUCCUUGGUCCACAUCUUACAGUGUGCACUUUUGGCUUCUUCACUGGACCACCGAGAAGCGAAUAUGUCUGUGAUGAAAUUCUUUUACGAUUUGAUAAAUCAAGGCCAGAGCGGGAGAGCUGAUCCCGAAUUCAAUCAACGACAGAUGUUAGUUAAAAGCAUCCUCGACGAGUAUGGCCAACAACUAGUCUCAAAUUUAAUCCAUUCUUGUGUCUUCUACCUCCAUUCCUACAUGCUCAGCGAAGUCGGCGACGUAUUCGUGCAGCUGCUCGAUUUUGACAGAGAGAUCACCUGCAAAUGGGUAGCGGCGGGUCUCGAUGUGUUACCGAAAAACAGUAACGGUGGAAUUAUGGCCGCCACACCUCAACAGUUGACGGAUAUACAUACCACUAUUAGUAGGUCGAAUACUUCCAAGUCCGUAACGCAUGCUCUCAAGGAUCUGGCAAGGUUAUAUCGUUAACAUUAAGAAUAAAUGUCUGUUUUUGACAUAUGUGUAUUGUGUAAUAUAAAUAUUUUAUAUUGAACUUGUCAAGUGCUGCAUUAUGUAAUGAUUGGUUGCAUGUGUAUAGUUGGAAAAGAAGAUAUUGUAUUUUUAUUGUCAUACAAUUUAAGAAUAAAAUACUGUUAGUGUUCCCGUCAGGUUUAUUUGGCAUGCAACCAAUUCCAAUCAAAAAGAUCGAAAAAAUUGACGUAAAGUUGCAUCGCUAAAUAAAAAU